AUGUGGGAGUUUUGGAUCCCUAAACUAGAGGAAAUAAAUCAUGAUGACAGGAAGCGCCCAAAAUUUCAGCAGUUCCGACCAGACAGCUCCUUCAUAUCGUUCCUGGGCCCCUUGAAUACACUUAUGUACCUCAUCAAAUAUAAGCUCAAGUGGAUACUGAUCAAACUUCUCAUAGCCUUCCUUUUCAUCCUCAUUAUCUUCCUCAUCAUCUACACGUCGCCCGGAUGGAUAAGCAAGAAGAUUUGGAAUGCCUAA